AUGACCGAGGGUUCUUCGUAUCGACGACUACUCCCGGAAAGACAACAUAAUCAUCUACAAUGGUGUCUCAUCCCGAGUCGGCAAAUUCAUAAUGGAAAUCCUCCGAUGACUUCACACAUCAAAGACAUCGCUAGCACAGUCAACGGAGGAGGAAUCGGAGCGCCCUCAAACUCCGCCGAUAAACAGGUCUUCCAUACAGACGCCGGAGAUUUCACUCCGUACUAUGUCUGA